ACUCAGGUUGAAAUUGAUGUGAACUCUGAUUUCUAUGGGUGUCUAGCUCGUUGUUUAUAUACUAGGGGAAGGAGGGGGGCCAGCCCCGGGGGCAUAACGUGCACUGCUGUUGCACUACCUGUUACUUCCUCCUGUAUCAUGCCGCAACCCGAGUCUUGUGCCGCAGAGCCGGAAUGCAUCCUUUUCGACGUCUUCCAAGACCCCGAGCACCCGGGCCAUUUCCGAUUUCUGGAAGUCUGGAACGCAUCACGAAAAUGGUUCGAAACCAAUCAACUCACGAGGCCUUAUUACUCGACGCUGUGGGAGAAGUCCAAGCCAACCUGGGAGAAAGAAAUGGUGACUCAGUACUUUGAGCGAGAGGGCGAG